ACGAAGCCAGUUCUGUCGCAAGCUUCGCCGCGGCCGGAUGGCCAGUGGGGUGACCUGCGCGCCGGGGUGAAACUUGCAAGCUCCCCCUUUAUCGAGCUUGCAGAUGGCUGUGCCUUUUAGAUUUUGACGUGUCCCUCCGUUCCUUCUGGCUCGCUCACUCGUGCGCUUUUCGUAGUUUAACAUUUCGGUCGCUUAGUCGCUCGUCUUGACAAUCGUCGCCCUCAGCAGCCCUCAAUAUGCCCAGGAAAGUCGGAUUCAACGUCGUCUACGCCACGAGCGAGGAAGACAGACACUCGUCGCUAGAACUCAACGUUCACGGACCGACAGUGAGGGGUUGGCAGAGUGCAAGAAACUGUACGUAUCCUCAGGAACUCAUUCUACGUCUUCAUAGUCCCACGAAGCUUACAAGAAUACAAGUCCUCGCACAUCAGUAUCUCAUUCCCGAGAAAUUGGAGAUCUGGACGACGAGAGAGGAAAAUGCAUCCACUUCGACAGACUUCAGUUACUUGGGCUACAUCACGCUGUCCGACAACGCGUCGACCCUUUACAAGAGCAGGGAGUUGAAAAGCGUGGCUCUUCCGGAGACAGAAGCGUUGUCGCUGGAGCUCAGGCUGCACAAACCGCACACUAACGCGCACAACACUUAUUGUCAGGUUGGUCUCAUCGCCAUAAAUAUACUUGGCGAACCGUAUGGUCAAGAAAUGUCCGGACAAGGUGAUGCUCCGUACAAUCCGCACUAUACCUCGCCUUACGACGAUCUGGCGUUCGAGAUGUACGUCGAUCGAGAAGUGGCCAAAAUCAUUAGACAGAUGGAGGCGAAGAAGCUGCUGGCCGUGGAAGAGGAGAGAUUCGAGUACGCGUCCAAGUUGAAGGUGGCAAUGGAGAACCUGAAAAAGGCGGGCGAACGCCUGGGCAAAUACGAGCUGGAGAAGAAGUACGCGAUAGCCCUCGAGGACUACGACAAAGCCAAGGCUAAAAAGGCUCAAGCUCAGCAAUACAGGCAGCAGGUCUACCAGUCGCUGGAAAUACACAAUCUACUCGAGAUUCACGGGAAAUUAUUGAUGCAGCCAGUAGAGAAGAACAACCUGUCGGAAGACAAAGAGUCGACGUCUGACACGUGUACCUCAAAUGCAGUGGCGUUGCCCGAUGACGUGACGUCACCCCCGAGACUGGUCAUUCCGCCGAACCGCGAUGGUGCCUUGUCGCCCACUGGUCCCGCACAUCAGCCACCAGUAUCGCCAUUACGUCAGAAGACUAACAGUCCUGAGGUAACCGACAAUGCCACUAACGGUAUCCUCGAGAGGCAGAGCAACUGCAACAAGGGGUCCCUCAGGCGGAAAACUAAAUCGGCGGGCCCAGCUCUUCGCUCAAGCUACGAAGCUUACGAGGAGAGGACCAUCCCCGCUCUCAGACAUUCGCACACGAACGAGUUUACGAGGGAAUGCCACUUGGACAAUGCAGAGACGAAAGUCACUUCGAAACUCAACGAUCGGGAGAAGAAACAGGCCGCUUUGCCCAUCGCGGUCUUCGGAAUGGACAUGGUGGAGAAGUUCUACUCGAAGCAGUUCACGGACAAGGAAGAAGGACUGCUGCAACUGAAGGAGGAGCUGAAGACCUUCGAUCAGCAGGUGUCGAAACAUUCCCCGAAUAAAACAGCCAGGGCAGCUAUUCUGCUGUUGCACAGGGCGCUCAGGGACAAGGUCUUCAGCGUGUACAGCUUGGCCGCGCAGCUCAUCAGGCUCUUCUUCUCCGAGUUCGCCGCGGACAGGGUGUCUUCGGCGGAGAUAGCCAGAAGCGUCGAGCGCCUGCUGCCGGAACUCCUGACGAAAUCCGGAGACACCUCGCCAAGGAUACACAACAUGGCAGUGCACACGAUUCUGAGCAUGGCAGAUUGCAAGUGCGUGCGGGAGUUGCACAUUAUCCCGGUGCACCUGACCAGACCAGUGAACAGCAGCACGCAUCAGAGGCAGGCGCUAAGCCAACUGGAGAUGGUGGAGCAGCUGAUACUGAGCCACGGCAUCUCCACCGAGAAACAAAGGUAUUGUAAUUGUUGUAGCGGACUGACGUGUCGGACGUUAUCCGAAUUAGGUUCUUCCGGUCUGCACCAUUCGGCCGAGGCGGUGCGGAAGGUCUCCGAGAGGAUCCUCGUGCUGGUGUACAAGGUGAACCCGCGGCUGGUGCGAAAGCAAUUGCCACCUGACGACGACAUAACACGACGGAAUCUGCUGUAUCGUCAGCUCUUCCACGAGUUUGAUCGGAUCGAUCUUCAGAGAAAGAAGGAAGCCGAGUCCACCCAUAAAGCGACAACGACCCCGACGCGAAAUAAAUCUACGGAAAAUAAUGUUGUUAAUUCAACCAAGUCGCCCUCGAGGUCGAGUCCGGUCGUGAGCACCGGCAGUUCAACGAGUAUCACGUCUCCGUCCGAGAACAGCACCGAUUACAAGGGGGAUAAAAUGUGCAUAUUUUGCCUGUCGAAGGGUCAAGUAUAUUCGGAAGAGGGUCUGAACAUACAUUAUUGGAGGACCUGUCCUAUGUUAACGAAGUGCGAAGCGUGUAAGCAAGUCGUAGAAAUUUCCUACUUGAAUCUUCAUUUAUUAAAUGAAUGCGACAUGAGAAGUAAUUACGUAAAAUGCGAUACGUGUAAACAGGCGGUGCAUGAGAAUGCAUUCGAGACUCACGCACAAGAUAAGAAGUGCACAAAACCCAUCGAGGGAUACGAGCGUUGUCCCCUCUGUUCGGCUUUGGUGAAUCAAAAUAAGUGGAGGGAACAUCUCAUGGGAGAACAUCCGUGUAUAAAUAAUCCACGAAGCAAGGGUGGAAAAAAUUGUUCGAAAUCGCAGUCUACUAACUCGCAAAAUCUCAGCGGCAAAUUAACGUCGCCGACAGGCAGGGAUUACUAGCAUCAGGCGUCAACCUCGCAGCCGACGGAGGGACCCGACGAAACUUAGGAGGAUUUUGAUUUAAUUUAUUUUAUAGUUUAUAUAUAUGUUACGAGCUGUCCAGCGUUUUUCAUGUUUGUACCUAUAUUUAAAUGAUUUUUAUAGCAGAACCCGUCCUUUAUUCGUAGCGGCCCAUGUUGCGAGUAUUUUUAAUCGUAAGUUGGGGCAAGAGAUCCUAGCAUUUAAGGAGAAAUGAAAAAUAGGCGAUACGCUGUCGAGCGAGUUCGUAUGGUGACAGAAGGAGGCACGAGAUAUUGUUAACAAGAGUUGUCCACUCUCUCUAUCGUUAUCGUAUUGAUACUAGGGCAUUUGCGAGGGGGGCUACAUCAAUUAUUAAAAGUAGUGAUGUCAAAUGCGUUGCGGGAGCAUCAGUCAUUUGAAGAUUAACGAUUCCUCUGCAUCCGGCCACGUUUGUAACGGAGUUUGUACUAUACUACGGCGAGAUGCGUAAGAUAGACAUUAAGGAAUGCUCCUCUUCAUCGCUCAAAAACGAUAUUAAGCAACGCAUGUAAUUUCAUAAAAUAGUUACUUCUCAUAGA